AUGGUGCUGCGGAGAGUGAAAAAAGAUGGUUUUGAGUAUAUAGCCACGCUGCAGAGGGUUAAAAAAGUUGGUUUUGAGGAUAUAGCGUGUAGGAAAGAAGAGAGUGGCAAAGUCUGUGGGUCAUUGAAAGAGUUUCCAGAAGACAGUGUGGACAAGCAUCACUUUUACCUCCUGGAACCUUUGGUGUGGGAGCAGUGGCUGGAUGUUUGCCCUUUUUGCACCACGGCACUGCGGAGAGUGAAAAAAGGGGGUUUUGAGGAUGUAGCCACUUCAACACGGAGAAGAGGCAGGGCACCACAAUUCAUAAGAUCACAUGUACCUCCCAGAACUGAGAGGAUGGCUGUUGAUCAGGACUGGAGCAGUGUUUAUCCAACAGCAGCUGCGUUUAAACCUGCCUCUGUUCCUCUCCCAAUUCGAAUGGGUUACCCAGUGAAGAGAGGAGUACCUCCACCGAAAGAAGGCAACUUAGAACUUAUAAAGAUUCCCAAUUUUUUGCAUCUGACUCCUCCUGCAAUUAAGAAACACUGUGCAGCUCUUAAAGAUUUCUGCACUGAAUGGCCAAGCGCUUUGGACAGUGAUGAGAAAUGUGAACAGCAUUUUCCUAUUGAAAUUGAAACAGUAGAUUAUGUUUCUGCUGGGACAUCUAUUCGUAAUCCCAAAGCAAGAGUGGUGACUUUAAGAGUUAAACUUUCCAACCUGAAUUUGGAUGACCAUGCAAAGAAGAAGCUCAUUAAACUGGUAGGAGAACGGUACUGUAAGGAUACAGAUGUGCUCAACAUUACAACAGACAGGUGUCCGCUAAGAAGGCAGAACUAUGAUUAUGGCAUACACCUCCUCACGGUUUUGUACCAUGAAUCUUGGAAAACUGAGAUGUGGGAGAGUGAGAAGACAGAGGAGGACAUGGAAGAGUAUAUCUGGGAAAACAGCUGCUCUCAGAAAAACGCCGUAGAAACACUACUUCGAAUAAAAGCCUCAGAGAAUGUCAGUAAUGUAACCAAGGAAGAGCUUCUUGCAUCUGAAGUAGUUAAGAAUUACAGAAACUCUGUAAUUGCACUUAAAAAUGAAGGUGAAACAGAAAAUACCAUGUCUCAGUAUAAGGAAUCCGUGAAGAAACUAUUGAAUAUACAAGCAUUACCGUGAGAGCAGCAGACUCUGCAGGUAUAUCUGAUUAUUACAGAAACAUUAAACUACUAUGUUAAUAUUUCUGUAUGACGUGGAUGUAUAAUUACUCGGAACCUUCACCAAAAAUAUGAAACCUG